CAGCUGUCAACAGGUGGAGGGGGAGUGGCCGCCGCCUCCGCCGCCGCCAAGCUCAUCUCGACGUGACCCGCGAGGCUGUGAGGGAAGAGGCACAAAGAACUGUACAUAACGAGAGAAGAGGAAAGGAAAGAGGAAAGCAAGAGCCCCAGACGGUGAAGGAGCAGACAGUCGGGUCAAUACAGCAGGAUCUAAGCCCUUCCCUGGUAACAGAACGACAUUUUUUUUACAGCAAAGGAGACAGUUCAAGGGAAAAAAAAGAAAACAAUAAUAAAGUAAGCCCGCUACUCACUGCUCCUAAAGAGUCUACCACCAACAGCCACUAGCAUUUAACACUGACGGGGUCCUAUAGGCGGUGGUCCCACAGGCUAACUAGCCGCCUAAAACACUCCAGGAGAGGGACGGUUGCCCUCCACGCCUGCCAUGGCCCAGACGUGAUGGAUUUAUCUGAGUGAAUGUAAUACUUGCAUCGAAUUAAUUACCGUAGUACCUCUAACUGUGUACCAAAGUGUCCAGAGUCCACAAGUCAUAGGUGCAGGCUGUGUGUGGGAGAAGCCGCGGCACAUGAGGGGCAGUGAGGUGUGCUGCCGCCCGAGGGUUGGAAAUGACGGUACGGAUUUGUUGGCUGCUACAACACACUGAGUCCGUGUCUCUGCCCUAGCUCCCUGCCAGGCACACAUCAUAAUGGAGACCAUACAGGAGAACAAUGAGGUCCUGAAGGUGGUCAUUGAUCAGGCCAACUCCCACGCUGCUGACUCCCAGGACACACCAGACGCAGCGGCACCCGCGCCUCCACCAAGAGUCCAACAGAGAAGAAAGUCUUCCCUAAAGCUGCGCAAAGGGUCGCUGGAGGAGGACGAGAGCCCCAUCAGCGUUGUGUACAACCCCCGGGUGGAUGUUGUUGAGCUAAAUAAUAUAGCCGAUGGGACGGCGACCAUUGACUCCACCAGCGAACCCCCAAUAACAGACCUUAAUUUGCUAUUGGCAGCAACUUAUGUUGAAGAUGCUAUUAAUGGCAGGCAUUCUGACUUCAAGGUGUCAGAAAGACACUUAAAACUGUACCGCAUGUAUCAGAACAAAUGGGGACAAGUAGCCCUUUUCUUCUUUAUUCUGAUGCAUUUUUUGCUUACCCUGUUUGAAAGACCUGCUGUGCCAGGCCUGGAGAUGAGCUAUUGGGUCACAAUGCUCAUGGAGACGGGGAUCCUGCUCUUCUAUGCAUUCCGCUUGACUCACAUCAGCAUCUUCACUCCUCUGACCAGAUUUUGGUCAGAUACGAAAAAUAUCUUAAUUGUAAUACUAAUAGCAAUUACCUUUUUAGAUAUGGUUAUAUAUAUUGGCCUAACAGAGAGUGGAAUCUAUGCUGUCCGAUUCUCAAGACCUUUGCGUCCCCUGUUUGCCGUCAACUUUCCUGAGCUGCGGCAGAUAAGGAGAUCUUUCCGUAACCUGCGGCGCACCCUGCCAGAUGUGGUCAACGUACUGUUCCUCUUUUUCUUCAGUCUGGCCAUCUUUGCUCUGAUGGCCUACAAACUGUUUGGUGGAAGAGGAAUGACCUGGGUGGACGGGAGGCCAUACUUUGAGUCUUACUGGGACAGCAUCUUUGACCUUUAUGUCCUGGUCACCACAGCCAACAACCCGGACAUCAUGAUGCCGGCCUUUGACCUCUCCACGUAUUAUGUGAUCUUCUUCGUGGUGUUCCUAGUGAUCUGUUUCUUCAUAUACAUGAACAUCAUCCUGGCCGUCAUCUACAACAACUACAGGAAACACCUAAAAAAUGAAGUGAGGAAGGCUGUGUUCAGCAAGCGUCAGCAGCUCGGCAAGGCAUUCAAAAUCCUCGCCCUUGAGCUGAGGAACAAGCAGGUGGUGACGAGAACCAGGUUUGUGCAGCUGAUGAAGUUUCUGGACAGCGAGAAGAAUCCAGCGCUCAUCAAUGUUUUGUGGAUUGUCUUGGACUCAGACGGCUCGGACUACCUGGAGAAAGGGGAGUUCCUGAAGCUGGCUGACCUGCUCAACGUGGAGGUGUCUGAGGUGGUGGACCGAACCAUCUUCUUGGCCCACUUUUUCCCCACCAUUUACUACUCCAAACCCUCAAAACUCUUGUGCAAAGUUGUCAAGAACAGGUUCUUUGGGAUUUUCUUUGACGUGCUGACCUUCACCAACGCCAUUGUGAUUGGAAUAUCAAACAGCGAUGAUACUUGGGACGAUGCCGCUGAAUGGGCCUUCCUCUCACUCUUUAUGCUGGAAAUUUUCCUGAAGCUGUAUGCCUACGGCUCACGGCGAUUCUUCAGGAAAGUGUGGAAUGUGUUUGAUUUUGUGGUGAUCGGUGCAGCCUUCAUCUUAGGAGUUGUGGAAGCCAUUGUAGCUGAUGAGCAGGAGAGUCGCCUGGCGCUGGACGUGCUGUUGGUGCUGCGAGUGCUGCGUCUCGUCAAGAUUGUCGGCAGCGUCAACCGCUUCAAGGUCAUCGUGCACACCAUCACCAAGAUCCUGCCUUCCCUUCUCACCUACGGCGGCGUCAUGAUGGUGUUUUAUUACAUAUUUGCCAUCGUUGGAAUGGAGGCGUUUCAAGGGCUGGUCAAAUUUUCCGGGUACGGCGAAGGUUCUGAGCUGUACUGUGGAAACGAGAAGCUGCAGGACUCUGACUUCUGGCGGGACCACUACUGCAACAACAACUUCAACGACAUCAUCCACGCCUUCAUCGUGCUCUUUGAACUCACCGUUGUCAACCAGUGGCAUGUUAUUGCCUAUGGGUACGCCACCGUGACUGACCCGUGGGCGAGGCUGUACUUCAUUCUCUUCCACCUGACAUGUGUCAUUGUGGUUCUCAACAUCUUCACGGCCUUCGUCCUGGAAGUGUUCCUCCUGGAGUACACGGCCAGCUGCCAGGGCUACCUCGAGACGCAGAUGGAAAAGAAGAUUCAGGAGAUGGGGCUCAGCUUCAAAAAACAACGGCCGAGGAAAAUGUCAACGGUGAGCCAUGAAAAUCUGGUGGUGUCUGACAGCUCGGAGUCUGAGGAGGAAACCGACUCCCCGCCCCCAGCAGCGGAGGACACUGCUGGGUCGUCCCCCGGAGUCUCACAGUUCUACACUAACAGCAAAGACAUCUCCUCGGAAACUGAUGUCCGCUUCCACAUCUCAAAAAGGCUGAAGAAUGUGGAGGUCCUGCUACAGAAGAUGUUUGAGAAGGAGCUGAGUGUUCACGACCUCGGCCCAAACAUUGAGAGCCUCGACCACGACCUUGAAGAUGAAGAGAGUUACCUGGCAGGGCAGAACCGCACUCUCUGGAGCCUCUAGUGAUGCUGCUGCCGCCGCUGCUUUGAGGUAUCAGGAUGGGUUGCAUUGACAGAGGGAGAUCAUAGGAGGGUAAAGCUCAUAAGAAUUUAGUUAUGUUGUUGGUUCAGGGUGUGGGUUGCCUUGUAGACUGUGCUCUUAAUGAUAUGAAUUGAUGUAACGAUUUUGAUAUAUUUGAUGUAUUUAUAUAUUUUGAUUAUUCUUAAAAAAACUAAAUCGGGUAAUGUAAUUUUAUAUGCUUUUAUUUAUAAUGAAUUUGUUAGCAACGUUAUGAAAGAUUCGUUUGAAUCAUAAUCUUAAUAGAGCAAGGUUGUACAGCACAUAAGAAAAGGGCAGUUUUUCAGCCAUUCACUGUGGGCUGGAGGUGACAGCUGUGCUAGUGUUUGGGGGUUAGAAUAAAGAUAGCGACCAGUUUUUGCAGUCUGUUGUAACUAAAGAAUGUACAUUUUUUGCAGGUAUUGUGCCUUGUAAAUGAAGAUGUACUAGUGAGAGUAACUCAGUGACUUAAACGUAAGCAUUACAAGUAGUGUAGCUGACUUUAAUUUACAGGAUGUUAGAUAACUGUAGAUCUGAUUACUUUAGCUCUUCCUUCCUUCCUUCAGCAGUGAAAUACUCUUCAUGGGAUAGUUUACUGCUCAUCACAGCUGUGCCAUGCUGAGUCAGAUUUGCCAAAGAUGCUUCUACUAGGUCUGUUAGUUGUGUAGCACUGUUAUUACUGACAAUAACUUUAGAUUUUACUGAUAUUUAAAAUUUUAUGCUAUUUUAAUUAUAAUAUUUAAAUGAAUGCAGCUAAAAAUGAGUAAAGUCAUGUAUCACAGGUGCUUAAAUUAAUAUCAUGGUGUCUCUUAUGAUGGCGAUACAAUGGUUAAUUGCUGUUUGGGGCUAUUGACAGUUUGAGUUAUUGAAUUAUUAGAAAAUUAAUGGAGUGUAUAUUUCAUGCGCAGGCAAAUUUUGUGACAUUGCAGUAAGUCUGUGCCAAUUUCUGUAUUCAGCUUCAUAAGAUAUUCUUCAAUAUUUUUGCCUCAGAUAUUCUUUAAUACAAGCUGCACGUGACCUGGGGUGUAAUGAUGAUGCAUGACCAUGAGAUUGCUGCAUCCUUAAAUCAUAUGUGCAUAUUGUUAAGUUAAAGCUGUUGUCUUCUGAUGUGUUAGAUCUGAUUUUAUGGAGAUGUGAUGCUCACUCAAUAUAUUGUAUAAAAUAACCA